AUGUCAUCCGUUGAGCUUUACCCCACCUCUCCAAAGAAUGUGCUGUCACAGUACAUUGGCAAGUCAAUUCGUGAUGUGCCAACUCCUGCUGCUGUGAUCAAUGUCGCAGCAAUCAGACGGAACUGCGAGCGAAUGUUGCAGACCUGCGAUAAGCUCGGCCUGGACUGGAGAGCUCAUGUGAAAACACACAAGACUGUGGAAGUGACGGAAUUCCAAGUUGGAAAUGAUGCGAAGCGACCUGUCAAUCUCAUCGUCUCGACCCUGGCUGAGGCAGAGUUUCUCUUGCCCAGACUGAAGGAGUACAGAAGCCAAGGAAGACAAGUCAAUGUGUUAUACGGUCUUCCCAUUCCGCAGAACGCCAUGUCGCGCUUGGCAGCGGUUGCCAAAGCCUUGGGAGAAGGCAGUGUCUCGAUACUUCUCGACGAUCCCGCUCAAAUUCCCAUCAUCUCCAAUUUCCAGAGCUUGUCCGGCGUAGUUCCUCACGCACACAUUAAAAUCGACAUGGGCGGCAAACGUGCUGGUGUAGAGGCACAGAGUGCGCGCUUCCUAGAAUUGGCAGAUGUAGCACUGGAAGCACACAGCCAGGGCAAGAUCAGGCUUUCUGGCCUCUACUCUCAUGCUGGACAUUCAUAUGGCGGUGACAGUCGGGCGGCAGCUAUCAAGAUGAUGCGAGCGGAAAUCAGCGCCAUGCUCGAAGGGGCGGAUCGAUUGACGUCGAGGGCAGCUGAAAAAUCGGUCGCGAAUCUGCCUCCUUUGGUGGUGUCUGCUGGAGCUUCACCGACGUCCCUGGCGGUUCAGAACUUGGUCACCACUUCUGAGGAAGCACAAGAGACUAUUCCAGGCGAGCUUAAGUCGGAGGUCCAAGCACUGUCAGAUCUCUUUGGUACUGUAAGGGGUAAAGGCCAUCUUGUUGAAAUUCAUGCUGGCGUGUACCCUACGCUGGAUUUGCAGCAAUUGGCAGCCCAUAGCAUUUCUGCUUCCAGAUUGUCUUGGGGAGACAUUGCCCUGACGGUACUGGCAGAAGUACACAGCAAUUACCCCGGACGAGGUGCAAACGGGACCCCGGAGGCUCUAAUUGGCUCUGGUGGUAUCGCACUGGCCAGAGAAACAUGCAAGGCCUACGAGGGCAUGGCAAUGAUGACCCCUUGGGGCAGAAAGGAUGUUGGCUUGCCAACUUGCGACGUUGAAGAUUUUCGUGGCUGGAUAGUUGGCCGUUUCUCUCAAGAACAUGGUAUCUUGACGUGGAGGUCAGGAAGUGCCAAGACUGAGCCGGUGCAGCCAGACCAGGAGCUACCCAAAGUUGGCGAAAAGGUCCGGCUUUGGCCCAACCAUGCAUGCAUUACUAGCAGUCACUUUGGCUGGUACUUUGUAGUGGACGAGGAUGAGACUGGCAAAGAGGAUGUCAUUGUCGACAUCUGGAUCAAGUGCAGGGGUUGGUAA